GCAGAGAUGAACCAGCAAAGAGUCACCUAUGCAGAGCUGAAGCUGGCAAAGGUCUCAAAAAGGCCGCAAGUGAAACCUAAGGAGAGUAAAAUCUCCACUACUGGAACGGAGCAGGGAGUAACCUAUGCAGAAUUAAGUCUUCACAAUGCUGCUCGGGAUCCUCAGGAGAAUGGCAAGUCCUGUCACCUCAAAGGCUUAGCAGCACCUCCAGAGAAGCGCAUUGCUGGGAUCUUGGGACUCACCUGCCUUGCCUUGAUAUGCAUUAUUGUGCCAGUGUGGGUUUAUACCCAAUACGAUUGUGGCCCUUGUUUUAAGGGGUGGUUUUCGUACUCCAACAACUGCUAUUACUUUAGUGCUGAACAAAAAACCUGGAAGGAGAGCGCGAAGGUCUGUCAGUGUAUGAACUCUCAGCUGCUCUACAUAGACACUGAGGAAGAAAUGGUGCGAAGAAUGGUGUUGAAUAUUAGUGGAAUCUUGAUAAAUUUUGAAGAAAGGACAGCUCAGUUUUUCUUACUCCCAGCUCUGACAAUAUUCUAUGAAUAUUGA